AUGUUAAGUGAGUUACCCUACUAUAAUCUUACGGAUGAGCAAUUUUCAAAAGAAAUAGGAGCCUGGGUGUAUAAUUCAAUUGAUAACUUGUAUGCAAGAUCUAAAGAUCUGUUUAAAGAUAUUGUUGAAAGCCUUGACAAAGCAAAUGACUGUAAUGAAAACUUAAUCUACGACUAUAUUGAAUCUAAUGAAAACUUAAUCUACGACUCUAUUGAAUCUAAAUAUCAUACUAUAAAACAAUUUGGGAAUAGGUUUUCAAAUGUUAAGCGUAAAGGCUUCUCGAUAUUACAUUGCAACAUCCGUAGUCUACCUAAAAAUCUAAGUUUACUAAAUGAUGUGCUGCUAAUGGUAAAAGAGUUGCUGAAUAUUAUUGCAAUUACUGAAACGAGGCUUGCCGAAGAUAGUCAUCAUAAUAUUAGAAUUCCCGGUUAUAUUUUUUUGGGAGUGAACUCCAAAACUUCAGCGGGAGGUGUUGGGUUUUAUAUUUCGGAGAACAUUAAUUUUACCAGACGAAAUGAUUUAGAUCUUGCUCUCACUGAGGCAGAUAUGUGA